AUGGCGUCACUCACUCCGGUUGAGGAUGUGAUCCGGGAGAAGAUCACUGCCGCUCUACAGCCCACGACGCUCGAAAUCCACAACGAUUCGCAUCUCCAUGCCCACCACCAGGCGAUGCAGGGUGUUACGUCGAAGGAAACACACUUUAGGGUCAUCAUUGCAUCCGAAGCUUUCCAAUCCAAGAUGCAGCCGGCAAGACACCGCCUUGUCUAUUCCCUCUUGAAGGACGAACUGGCCCAGGAAGGGGGAAUCCACGCGCUGCAACUCCGGACCAUGACCCCAGAAGAGGACGCAAAGCGGCGAGCUCGUGAGGCCGAAGUAGAGUAA